CCCCUCAAUGGCCUGGCUGUGCUGCAAUGCCUUGGGCAGGAACCCUCCUGCUCCCCUUUCAGGUGCCUGCUUGGCAGCAGGGGUCCCAGGAAUCUGGGACCUGCAGCCCCUCUGCUCUCCUAGCAUUAGAAUUUGAAUCCUUACACAUUCCAAGGGCAGCUCGGCAGGUGAGGGAGGAAGAGCUGCUCCUGCCUGGGGCCAUCUGCACCAGCACAGCCCCUCUCUGCCCCCAGGACCAAUUCCUACCUUGUGCCUUCCAGCAGCAGGCAGGGAGCUGCCUGCCCUGCCAGCCUCUUCCUGCGUCUCCUGUAUUUCUGGGAGCCUCCCUGCUGCCACAUGGAUCUGUUUCUCUGAGCAAUAACCCGAACGUGGAUCCUCUGAGCAAUAACCCAAACGUGGAUCGUUUUUCACGAGCAAUAACCCAGAUGGGGCUGCUUUCUCUGAGCAGUCACCCAAGAGUCACUGUACAAGUGGCACCCCACAGCAGAGCUGUGCCCCCACGGCUGUGCUCAGAGCCUGUGCUCCUCCUCCUCCUCCUCCUCCUCCUCCCUUUCUCUCUGCUCCAGCACAGCAGCUGCGCUGCCGCCCUGGCCUCUUCCUCCCCCAGUCCCUGCGAGGACACAAUUAAAGGGCUCCGGUUUCACCCUUGCUCUUUGCUGCCUUUGUCCGGCUGUGGGACGGGUGCCACGGGUGUUGGGGACAUGGGCUCCUGCCAGCCCUCUGCUGCCGCUGCAGGGACAGGCUCCACGUCCUGCUCCACCACAGCCCUGUCCAUGGGCAGCCCCUUCCUCCCUCCUGCACGCUGGGAUCCUUCUGGGCAGCACAAAGAGAGCAGGCACCAGGGGAACCCCGGGAGGGAGUGGUGCCGUGGCAGCACCAGGGCUUUGUCCUUGUCCAGGCAUCGUCCCUGCCCUGGCCUGGGCUCCAGCAGAGCCCCCGCGCUGGGGCAGAGCAGCUGAGGGACCUCAGGGCUGUUUCUCACACAGUGGCUGCUGCUCCUGGCCCUUCCAGCUCGCUGCCCCACGGUGCUGACACUACCUGAGGCCUGUGCCCCUGCAGCCCCAGGGCUGUGUCUGCUGGCAGCGCACCAGCCAACGCCUCCAGUGGCUUUUUUGAUGUCCCAGAACAGGCUGUGCAGGAAGUUCAGUGCAUGGGUCCACCUGGGAGCAAGGCAGUGCUGGUCCCUCGGGGGAAUCCUGCCUGGACACGCCAGCUCUGUGCGGAGCUCCCCAUUUCCCCUGGCCCUGUCCUGGCACUUGCCAGUUGUGUGAGGGCUCAAAACCAGCCCUGGCUGCAAUCCCAGGCCUCACCCUCAGCCACCACAGAGUCAGGUCCAGCUGGCAAAGUGUCCAGGGCUCCCACAGCAAGGUGGGAUGGGAACAAGGAGCUGAUGCUCCCUGGGCAGGCUGUGGGUCCCACAGGCAGCACAACACUGUGGUGCUGGGAAGGGAGCUGCCACAGCCUCUCCUUGCUAGGGGCUGCCCUCCUCCCAGCCCCAGGCACCACAUUUUCUUACUCCUGGUCACCUCCUGUUUCUCAUGGUGCCAG